GGUCCAGUCGUUACUAGGGGCGUGGAAUCAAUGUGUAAAAAGGGGACCUCGCAGUUGCAUACAUUGUGCGAUGCGAAACGUUGGCGAGCUAUUAACGUUGUCAAUUUAAUGCUGAGAAUAUUCACCUGGACAUUCAAUCAACAUUACGUUGAAGACUCAUCGCCUCUGAAAGCCGUAUGAGACACUCGCUCCGGUAACCUGCAGAAAGCUCCCACCACAUCGGAUGAGACCGCCUGCAUAGCCGCUAGUCAUUUGGCGGCAACAGGGCUAUAUAAGACGUAGGCGAGGGAUGCAAGAUUGGAUGUGCAGACUGACAUCGUUCCUGUCAUACCCCCAUGCUGAAGAAUUGCGUAACCGAGCGGGUGCUGCAGGUCUUCCGUCCCCACUCCGCCUUAGUGUCCGGAACAACCAUAUGGCUGUCAUCAUCUAGUAACGUCAGUGACUCAAAAGUGAAAUUGCCAUGGAAUCGGGUACCGAGCACGAUGGAUUUAAAUAUCCAUCUGUUCCCAAUUCACAAUGUGAUCUCAGCAUAAAUAUUUAUGAGACCAUCAGCGACAGAAACGUCAAUAAUAUGGGCACUUCGACAGUCGUGAGAGGUGGGAGCGACCCAAGUUCGUAUCCUCCAUCGAAUUAUCAGCUGAUCGUACGUCAAAGAUUCAUCAGGAGAAGUUUGUGGUUCUCAGACUCGGAUGAACAGGCUUUUGAGGUGCCAGAGUGUGACAACAGCAGUAAAAUCCUCAACAUAAACCUGCGCACGAUAGUUGACAGGACACUGGGGGCUUGGACGGGGCCACAGGAGGGCUCCAGCACCGAGAGUCAAGGGGGGCAGAAAGACAGCGCCACAGAGAGUGCCAGUGCUGAUGAGAAGGAGAAAGCUGGGGAUACAUUGAACGUUGCAUCCACCGAGAGCAGUAAAAAUGCUAUCAGAAGUGCCAGCGACGAGAACGAGGAAGAGGCCGAAAUGAAAGCUGUUUCCACAUCCCCUGGGGGAAGGUUUCUCAAGUUUGAUAUUGAGCUCGGGAGAGGGUCCUUCAAGACUGUCUAUAAAGGUCUGGAUACCGACACGUGGGUGGAAGUUGCCUGGUGUGAACUUCAGGACCGUAAGCUGACCAAAGUAGAGCGUCAGCGGUUUAAGGAGGAGGCAGAGAUGCUGAAGGGGCUGCAGCACCCCAACAUCGUCCGCUUCUAUGACUUUUGGGAGUCACCCCUCAAAGGGAAGAAAUGCAUCGUCCUGGUAACGGAGCUCAUGACAUCAGGCACGCUCAAAACAUAUCUGAAGCGCUUCAAGGUAAUGAAGCCCAAGGUUCUGAGGAGCUGGUGUAGGCAGAUCCUGAAGGGUCUUCACUUCCUCCACACCAGAGCCCCUCCCAUCAUCCACAGAGACCUGAAGUGUGACAACAUCUUCAUCACGGGCCCCACCGGCUCCGUCAAGAUAGGAGACCUGGGGUUGGCCACGCUCAAGAGGGCCUCCUUCGCCAAGAGUGUCAUAGGCACCCCAGAGUUCAUGGCCCCAGAGAUGUAUGAGGAGCACUAUGAUGAGUCAGUGGAUGUCUAUGCCUUUGGGAUGUGCAUGUUGGAGAUGGCCACCUCAGAGUACCCGUACUCGGAGUGCCAGAACGCUGCACAGAUCUACCGCAAAGUCACCAGCGGGGUGAAGCCUGCCAGCUACAACAAGGUUGUGGAUCCUGAAAUCAAGGAGAUUAUUGGCGAGUGCAUCUGCCAGAAGAAAGAGGAGCGGUACUCCAUAAAGGACCUGCUGAACCACGCCUUCUUUGCGGAGGACACAGGGGUGCGGGUGGAGCUGGCCGAGGAGGAUGAUGGGAAGAAGGCGGCCAUCGCCCUGAAGCUGUGGGUGGAAGACCCAAAGAAGCUGAAGGGAAAAUACAAGGAGAGUGGAGCCAUUGAGUUUACCUUUGAACUGGAAAAAGAGAGCUCGGAGGGCGUGGCCCUAGAGAUGGUGGAAUCAGGGUUCUUCAAUGAGAGUGAUGCUAAGAUCGUGGGGAAGUCGAUCCGGGACCGCGUAGCACUUAUUAAAUGGAGGCGGGAGAGGACUGUGUUGGCCCUACCCCCAGUGAACCAGGGAGAGGCAGGACUCAGGGCCCAGGCCACCCUAGCCCAGGGGACCUCUGCUGGGGCUACACAGGCAGGACAGCCCCCUUUGAUUGAGCCCAACGAGCCAGAAGCAGACCAGCACGACAGGCUAUGUAACCUUCCGGCCAGCGCAACCUCUGUCACAUCAGACAGUACCUUUGACAGCGGCCUGGGCUCCACUGUGUUUUCUGACUCCCACAGCAGCCACCACUAUGUCCUCUACCAGUCCCAAGUGGAACCCAUCACCAUGGCAACACAGCAGCGUCAGUGUUUGGCUUCAGCACGUCCCCGAUCCUGUGAUAGGGGCGAGGGGUGGAAAGCAGCCCUGGGGCCAGAGUUCCGAGUGUGUGCAGGGACACGGAGAGGGAGUGCCUCGGUCAUUGACACUCUUAGGGGCAACAACGACAUCCCUCUUCAUAUGCUCCUGCAACCUAUUACCUCUGGGUCCUGCAGCCAACAGAGAGCUUCCAGUCCCUCCCCCACAUCACCAGACGACCAGUCAGAGAGCAGCCCCUCUGAGUCCCGCUCUGAGGCCGAGGACGGCUUCCCUUCCCCGAGUGCAUUCCCUGCCCCCAUCCUCCUGGCCCCCCCAUCCCCCACAUACUCUGAGGCCCGACGUCAUAGUGACUCUUCUAUAGAAUCUCCGACAUUGGAAGCCACCAAUGGAAGUAGGUUGAAGUCUGUGUCAGUGGAGGCAGCAGUGGGGCGGAGGCACUCGGACCUUAGCACGCUGCAGAGCCUAAACUCUGCCCUUCAACACCACCAUCAUCAUCACCAAGGCGCACCCAGAAACCACCUGUGCCAAGCCUGCCUCUCUCUGCUGCUGCUGAAGUCACGAGAAGGGGGGCACAAGAAGCACACUGCUUUUCCCUUUCCACCACACCCCUGUGCUUGCCCCCACCGGCACCACCACUUCUCCAGUGGGAUGACGACAACUGCAGGGUCAGGAGGGAUGAAAGGUCCAAGUCAUACAGGAAGUGACUUCUCUGACCUCUCCUUAUUACAAAAGAACCUGAUGAACAUCAUCAGCCGUAAAACCACCCCAUCCAACCACGGCCAAGCCUCCCUCCUCCACCUGCGUACAGCCCAACAGCCUGUACGGAGCUAUGGGGAUGGUAGUCUGAAGUUAACCCAGAGAGGCAGCUUCAGUGGUGACCACACAGCACCCCCUCUAGCCAGGCCCAUACAGGACCACAAGGCCAGCUACUGUGCUGGGGAGCACCGAGCCACCGGGCCUCCGGGAGUGCCCAGUGCUGUGCAUGCAUUGCUCCAGAACCAGUCAUCUCUCCAGGGCCAGCCUGCCUCUGCCCCAGCCCUGCACACGCCCCUGCAGUACCUCCAGCCUGGCCACAGCUAUCCCGCCAGUCCCCUGGCAGCCCAACAGACACCUACCGCAGCAGGCUACUCAGCUGCAGCUCUACAACACACCCCAGCCUCGGCAACUUACACAGCAUCAAACAUUCCUCUGCAACAUAACAAUACUGGACAUAGCUACCCAGCUCCAGCUCUGCAAAAGACAGCAACAGCAGCAAGUCAUUCAACUGCAAAUGUACCACUUCAACAGCCUGCAGCAAGCUUUUCAGCAGCUACCCUGCCCCUGCAACAGCCACACACUGCAGCAAGCUACACUGCAGCAACUAUGCCAAUCCAACAGACACCAACUCCACAGAGCUACAGUGCCCCAACUCAGCAACAAAUGACUCAAACUGCUGCAAGCUACCCAGCUCCAAUUCUGCAACAGACCCCAACAGCAGCAUGCUUCUCAGCAGCAGUAGCCAUGCCUGUCCAACAUACUGUAUUGGCAGCUAGCAUAGGAACUGCAACAAUACCCUCACAACCAGCUGCACAGAGAUACCCAGCUCCAGUGGAGCAUCUGCAACAUCUCGCUCCCCCACAGAGCUAUGCAUCUGUAGCCCCAACUGUGGUCCACACCGUACCUAUACCCAGUCUCCCUACUCAGGAUCCCAGUGUCGCAACACAGCCUCUAGCUGCUGCUGUGCUUCCCCCAGUCCAGCCUUGCCCAGCGCCACACAGCCUCCCAGCCACAGCCAUGCCUCCCAGUCUGCAGCCAGGCCAGUCUAGUCCCAUGCAUCACAGCCAACAGACUGUGCCGGUGUCCAUUCAACAGCAACAUAGCCAGCCAAUGCCCCAGCCCUCAGUACAACACCGCCAACAGCCUGUUCAGGCCCCCAUUCAGCAGCACAACCAGCAAACUGUGCAGGUCCCCCUACCCAAACACAGCCAGACAAUGGCCCAGCCCACUGUCCAACAGGCUCCAGUCGUCCAGAGCUAUCAGUCACCUGCCCAUACAGUGCAGCAAGGUUCAACCCUCCAGAGUUACCCCAACGCUGCACCCCUAAUGGGGCAACCGAACACUGCUUCACAGAGCUACACACCCACAGCCCCACACAUAAAACAACAGGCUGCACCGGUACAAGGCUACACGCCAACGAAACCCAGUGUGAUGGGUCAGGCCUGUCCAUCUGCUCCACAGCAGGCUGCAGCCCCUAAGACCUACCCAGUGGCCCCCAUAGUGCAACAACAGACUGGGACUGCCACUCCACAGCACAGCCAGGCCCAGGCAGCUACACUACCACUAGGCCAACAGAACCAACCCUAUGUCUUCAACGCAGUUUUCCUGAACCAGAAUUUUCCUGCUGCUCAAAGCCUUUCCCAGCACCAACAAUCAUCAUCUAGUCUGCCUUCCCAGGCAUCGCCUCCUCAGCAGCUAUUGGCUCAGGCCUCUGUCCCUCAGCAGCUGCAGCCACUGCAGAUCUCCACCUCUCUGCCACCAACACACCUUUCCCAGUUUUCCUCACCGUAUCUCAACAUUCAAGUGGUGACCUCUCUGACUGGAUGUGACACCUACACUCACCCCUGCCCUGUUCCCCAGUCCUACCCCUCCUCUCUGCCCCCUCUCUACCUCUCCCCAGGCCAGCCUGCCACUCUGCCCCCCUCUGUCUCGUCCCUCGCCCCCUUGCAUAUAGAGAAUGCUCUGGCGCCCCCCACCUCUGUGCCCCCGAUAUCCUCACACACACCCCUGCUGGCCAUGACAGCACCCACACUGCCACAGCAUCAGCAGAUGUACCCCGCUGCUCUGCAAAAGAGUGUUAUGACACACACACACCCUCACACACAGCUCCCCACUCUCACACACCCAGUUCACUCACACCUUGCCUCACUGCCUGGCCAACAGAACACACAACCGCAGAAUACACACCACAUGCACCCAAACCCUUUUCAACACGUCACACACCCCACAUACUCACACCCUGCUGCUGCACCUGAACUUGCUCUGCCGAGCUUUCUGCCCUUAAGACAGCAGGUCAUGCAGCAGGCCAAGGCCCAGCUUCCAGAUGCCAUCCCCUUUGCACAGCCUAAUCAGCCUUCCCAGCCUGCAGUUUUCUCCCCUCCAAUACAGACUGUGUCGGACCCUGGCACAGGUACUGCCGCAACCCAGUUUGACCUCAACCAGAACCCCAGCCAAACCCAGUCCCAGCAUCAGGCCCAAGGCCAGAGCCAACCACAGGCUCCAGCUCCACUACCCCCUGACUCCCAGACAGCAGCCCCUUGGCCUGCAAGCACCAGCCUGACUCAGCAGAACCAGGCCAGUGCCAGCAGAUACUCAGGGACCACACUCACCUCGGGACAGGCUCAAACAGAGUCCAAUCUGGAGGAUCCUGGUACAGAGAAGCCGGCUUCAGGGGCCAGCUACUCCUACGACAGUGUGAACUCCGACGCCACCUCAGGGAAGGAGAUGAGCGACGGUAACGAGGGGACGCACGGAUCAGGGAAGGGCGAGGGGAAGGUCCGGAAACAUCACCGCCGCUCCACGCGCACCCGCUCACGCCAGGACAAGAUCAACAAGCCCAAACUCAGCAUGCUCAAUGUGUGUUAUACAGGGGAUAAGAUGGUGGAGUGUCAGCUGGAGACACACAACCACAAGAUGGUUACCUUCAAGUUCGACCUGGAUGGAGACGCACCUGAGGAGAUAGCCACUUACAUGGUGGAGAAUGACUUCAUCCUGCUCCUGGAGAAGGAUAUGUUUAUAGAGCAGUUAAAGGAUAUUGUGGACAAGGCUGAGGACAUGCUGAGUGAGGACACGGAGGGGGAAAGGAUUUCUGACCACGUGGGCAGUCCCCAGCAGAGCCACGGAGCAGUCAUACUGGGGGGAGAGGGUACAAAGACGGCUACACCUAAUUCACCACAACUUGUCUACCAGCAGAACGUCCUCCACACUGGGAAGCGCUGGUUCAUCAUCUGCCCCGUGGCCGAGACGCCCACGCCAGACAGAGAGAGGACUCUAUCAGACACCUCUACAACCAAGGAGGCUCCUGUCACAUCAUUGUCUAGGUCCAGUUGCAGUACUACUCCGCCAGUGUCUGCCCCAACUCCUGUUCUUGCCCUGACCACCACACCCCCUACUCCAGGCCCCUCUGCACCUCAAAGCUCUGUCCAGUCUCAGGACACCAACGUAGGCAAGGCCAGAGUUCAGCAGCCCCAGGCCUCUGGAACCAAACCCUCCAGCACCAGUGCUACGACUGCUGCCAUGGACCGCCACGACUCUCUUUCAGGCAGCAAACCCUGCAUCUCCAUGGUAACAGACAUCCCAUGCUGCCCCAUCGUCCCACCUGUGUCCCUGGAUGUGAAUGGGGCGGGACAUAAAGGGGUGAGUGGCACUUCCUCAUGUCUACCCAAUCAGGAGGCCAGCCUGUCAGGAGACCCUCCCCUGGACUCCCACCAGCCAGUGGUCCUGCAGCAGCCCUAUGCCAUGCCAAGCAUGGUGGGUGGAGGAUGUGGAGCCAGAACACCAUCACAGCCCCAGAGUCCUGCCCACCAGGCGUCCCAGCAGCAGGAUGGACCUGGGGGGUCUGGGAGUGGAGGUGGUUGCGGCCUGGGGGAGUCUGAUGGAGAGGGCCCGCCCAGGGUGGAGUUUGUGGACCGUACCAUCAAGACUCUGGAUGAGAAGCUGAGGAACCUGCUGUACCAGGAGUAUGCCCAAUCUGCUCCCUCCAGCACCGCCUCCGACCUCCAGGGCUCCAACACAGAGGGGAUCAGCUCUCCCCCUGUCUCUGACUGCCAGACCACCUCUGGGGGGGGGCUCUCCAGGAAGGGAGAGGUGCUGGUAAAGAUGCACUGUGUGUCUGUGUCCGCCAGAUAUUCGGAUUGGGGCAGCAGCAGCGUUUUAUCUGAUGGAGGGCCUCAGAUUCCUGAGCGUACUGAUAGUUUGGGUACAUUGAGUGACUCUGCAGGAUUGUUGAACAGGAGAGACUUUGUGGGCAGUUCCUAUGUCUCCAAGAGCCGCUUUCAGAUCAUCCCCACUCCUCUGGACGUCAUCCGUCGUUUAGAGAAGGGCAGAAGUCGCAGUUCCCCGGCUCCCUCUAGUGGUUCGGGGGGCUCUCGCGCCGCAGACGAGGGGGGCAGCCCACGAGACCAGGGGUGUAUGGUCGUGGGUAGGUUCUCAGUGAUGACCGCUGAAGAGGGUGCGGAAAACGCCCCCAAACCCCCCUGUAGUAACCGCUACUCAGCCCCCCCAGACUUGUACCAGGACACCACCGCCUCUAGCCCCAACGCCACCCCCAGCCUGCUCCCACGUGCCCACACUGCUGACGCUGCCACCAACCACUCCUUUCACUUCGACUCUGACUCGGGGGAGGAGGACACCAGCAGUUUAGCCCCUCCCCUUGCCCACCACAAGCCUCCGGCUCAUGCCCUCCCGGAACACAGCGGAAGUGACCUCAUGAAGAGGGCGGUGGCCUUCCUGCGCCGCACUGGCCGCAGCAGUGUGCAGAGUUCUGAUUCGCCGAGCCGGCAAUCCGUGGUAGCGAAUGGCCACACCGUCCUGCCGCCUGGACCCGGCCAUGUAUCAUACGUCAGCAGUGACAACGACUCUGAGUUUGAGGAUGCGGACAUGAGGAAGGAGCUGCAGAGGCUGAGGGAGAAACACAUGAAGGAGAUCUCUGAGCUGCAGGCGUUCCAGAGGAGUGAGAUAGAGCGUCUGUAUAAAGAGCUGGGGAAAGCCCUGCCGCCUGGUGUAGGCCUGUUGCACGCUGCUCCCCCUAGUGGCCGCAGACGCAAGGUCAGCAAACACAAGCUGAAGGCAGGCAAGCUGCUCAACCCCAUGGUGCAGCAGCUGAAAAACAACCUGAAUACCACCACCGGUGAGAACGCACCGAGCUCGUCUGGCUCUCCAGCUAAGAGCUCCAUUGUGUCUGACGGCUCGGCCCGCUCCAGUGGCAGCAGCAGUACCAGUGGCACUCGGCCCGGCAAGGCCCCAGAAUCUGUCCAGACCCAGCAGCCCUGCUCUCUCAAGGGCUCGUUCUCUUCUGACAACAUCUACGGUGGAGGCAUGGCCACACACGUAGGCCCAGGGCAAGGCUGGACGGUAUACCACCAAACGUCAGAGAGAGUGACCUAUAAAUCUAGUAGCAAACCACGUGCUAGAUUCCUCAGUGGACCUGUGUCUCUGUCCAUCUGGUCCACACUGAAACGACUAUGUCUAGGCAAAGAGCGCAGUAGUAGGUCUUCUCACGGCGCCAGUGCGACUCAGACGGCAUCCAAUCAGCAACAGCCAGCAGCUGUCCCCAAUCCUUUGCCAUCUCCUCAACCAAUGACGGUGCUAGCUCAGGCCCAGACAAACAACAGCAACAACAAGAAACCAGGUACUUUCACGGACGACCUGCACAAGCUGGUAGAUGAUUGGACGAAGGAGACGCUGGCGGCCACACAGCCGCGGCCCUCUCUGAACCAGAUAAAACAGCAAAGACGCAUGCAGGACCUGGAGGGUCUAGCCGCGCCCCUGGGAGGAGCCACGCAGGAGGUGAGAUGUCCCAUCCCUCCAAAUAAGUUCCAGCUGCCUUUGUCGUGCCCGCUGACAGCUGCUUUAGGCCCAGCCAUGCCCACUGCCCUGAGCUCCAACCCCUCUGCCAUGCUCCAGCCCGGGUACAUGGUACCAGCAGGCCCCUACGGAGGGGUGGUGCCCAGCCCCCUAUACCCCCAGCAGUGGUCUGGUAUGCCCAGCCCUGUGGGGAUGAUGGGGGCAGCGGGAGGGAUUACCUACCCCACCAUGGCCAACCCAGGGGUGCAGGCCUACCCCCUGACCCUGCACAGCCCUGAGAACGUCCCCAACACCAGGACUACCUAAAGUGACAACUAGCACCCCUCUGCACCCACUAAACCCCUAUCUUACCCCAUCGCCCCUGAUGCUCAACAGACUGCCCCCAGAUGUUCCCCUCUAUCCCAGCACACUCACAUCAGAACUGCCUGACUAACACAUUUUAACUAAUCCUGUGUUGCUAUCCUAACUCCACUCUGUCCCCCCUGGUUCUCACUCCAGGGUUACAAUUGUAACGAAAUCAAACUCUUAAAAACUUUUAAUAGAGUGAUGGGCUGAAAAAUAGAGUAAAGUAGGGCCCACACAAUUAAAUGCUCCAACAAAUGGCUUAUGGGUCAUUCCACCUCAAAGCACAAGAAAGAUGAUUUUGACACCCACCAUCUGAUUGUGCUGAAAUAUUUUCUGUAGUUAGAAACCUGAUAUUAGCAUUCCUGAAAAUGUUUUUUGAGAUAUAAUUUGAUCCCUGAGAAAUUAAGCUAAUUGCACAAAAAUGUGCCAUUUUAAACGUAUAUGAUUCAUAUAAUCUUCAAUAAAAAUAGUACCUAACAUCUGAUUUGGACCAUAAUUCUUCAUGACAAUUAGUAAGACAUGGUAUACAAUAAAAUGAUCAAAAGCCACCCACGGGCCCAUGUGAAUCUGGUGACAGCUUUUUCCCCUUUUCACAGAAAUUAGCCUUUUUGAAGCCUCUUGCAUUGUUUGAAUUUUAUAUUGCUUUUUUUUUUUUACAUUUAACCUUUACUUAACGAGGCAAGUCAGUUAAGAACAAAAUCUUAUUUACAUUGACGGCCUACUGGGGAACAGUGGGUUAACUGCCUUGUUCAGACCGACAGAUUUUUACCUUGUCAGCUCGGGGAUCCUUUCGGUUACUGGCCCAACGCUAUAACCACUAGGUUACCUGCCGCCCCAUUUACCAUCGAUUUAGUGUGAAAGUACUCUGUUUUUCCCACUAGAUGCCACUGUUUCUGCUACUGCCACACCCUUUAAUCAAUUUUGCUGGUCUCUUGUCUUUUAUUAAAUGGAUCACAACAUUUUCUUUAACUUUUUGUAGAAAACCAAUAGCUUUUGCUCAUGAUGAAAAUAAAUUGUAUGGAAAUCCUCACAAUUCAAGCAAAGUCCUCCAUUACAGUAAUUGUUAGUCCUUCUCUUAAUCUGUGUCCAGGAAACAGCCCCUCUGUGUGUGGUUUAUUCUGUUAAAAAAACGUUUAAGAUUAGGUCAUUCCUGUUGAACAAGCAAACCAUUAGGCUACAGCAGUUCUAAUGGUUUCAAUGUCAUGGUCUCGAAUGGUCUUUAAUGGUGAAAGUCCUAAACAUAGUGUUUUGUAAUUGUAAAUGUCACUUAUCACACUACAUAGAGAUGUUUUCUAAAAGUUGAAUUUUUUUAACAUAAGUGCAAUGGUUUAAUAUUUUAUUUUAUUGGGAUUGUCACAUUUGCAUCACCAGCCAAUUUCUCAAGUUUUGGGCUUGUAGGAAAGGUCUUCAUAUUGCACCAUAAGGACAGGCCUCUCAGGGGGCUGCCAUUUGUUGGACUAUUCAAGAAGAGUUAUAGGUUGAAGCAUUAGGUUUCUAAGAGAAGGACAAACUGAAUUGCUUUCAUGGAGGACUGGCUUGAAGCAUGACCACACAAUCUAUUUUCAUCAUGAGCUGUUUUUGUUCUACCCAAAGUUGCAAAAGAAAAUGUUGUGAUCCAUUUAAUAAACACGAGAAACCAGCAAAAUUAAUAAAGGGUAUGGCAGUAGCAGGAACAGCGGCAUCUAGUGGGAAAAUGCUGGUACUUUCACAUUUUGUGGUAAGUAAUACAAGCUACUUCAAUGGCUAAUUUCUCUGAACAGAUUCACAAGGAAUACAUUACAUGGGAUGAAGAAGCAAUAAUCCAAGCCGCAGCUCCAUACUACUUGUCAUUCAUAGAGAACUGAUACUGUAUACUUGUUGUUGGGGUGAGAUUGGUGUGGGGGGUCUGUGGGUGACCAUGUUAUUGGAUUCCUCAUGUCUUACUCAAUGAUAGAUAGAAGUUUGGUCCAAAUCGGAUGUUGGGUACUAUAUGUAUUGAAUAUUACGUGAAUCCUAUCAAUUUUAAAGGGCUAAUUUGAGUGCAAUCAAUUUCCUUAAUUUCUCAGAGAUCAUUUUUUAUUAACAAAAUAGUGUUGCGGGUAUACUAAUCUUAUCGGUUUCUAACUGUAGAAAGUAUUUCAGAACAAUCUGGGAUGAUGGGUGUCAUGGCUUGCUGAAAUGACAUGGAACGACUCUUAUGUGUUGGAGCAUCUGGUCCCUACUUGACUGUACUACUCACCCCCUCCAGUGUUUCUAUAUGCAGGAUAAUCCUGCUCCACUCUUCUCAGAUUGUGGUUUGAUGCUUUAUUAAAGAGCAACACACGUGUAAAUAGCCUGUGAGCUUGUAAAUAUCCAGUGUGCGUGUCAAUAUACUUUAUACAGCACCGGGAGUUUUCCUGUGUGUAUGUAUACGUGUGUACAGUAUAAAUGUUCUGUGUGUGUCUGAGUACCUACUGCUUUUAGCUUUGGUCUUGUCUAAACUCACAGCCAUACUUUAGAAUAUCAGCGGUCACAAAUGUGAUGUUUUCACCAAAUCCAUCAUAAACGAUAAGUAGUCAUGUUUUCAGAUUGAUUUUUAUCGUUUACUAAUGUUUUGUCAACCUUAAAACACUACAUUAGAAAUCAAAAUUCAAUGGUUUAAGAUGAUGGGGCAGGAGACCUGUAUUUUCUGGAGUUCUCUGGAGUGUAGUGCCUUGAACAUUGAUUUUUCUGUCCGCAUUUUCUUUCCGCAACCAAGAGAUUUUAUUUCGCGGUGGCUUUGUGUCUUGUUUUUUUUUCUUCUUGGUUUACAAUUGAAUGCCCUUGUAGCACUGCACUAUUAACACAGUAUAUUCUUUUAUUCAAGUAAUAAAAUCAUGUUUUUAAUCUUUGUUUACUCCCCACCCCUGUGACAUUUAGAACCAUGAAUCACUCAUUGGGCAGUGGGUAGUGUCCUAGGCAUAGUUAGAAUUCUUAGAAUUAGCGUUCCCCAGUGGGUGGACUAAUUUAAUUUUCAUUCUAUAUUUAUAGAAUGAGGGGAACCCGUAGUGUCCAGCUCAGAAUGUAGCAGAGGCAGGUUUGCCAAGCAAGACUUAGUGCAAUUUCACCUAUCCACCUAGCUUUCGUAGCGGCCUUCCCACAAGCCUUACCCAGGAACCUGCAACAGGAGCUAGUUUCUUUUGUUGCCGUUUAGUUGAACCUAAGUUACAAAUCACAUUGAAAACGAUAACAGCAGUUACAACUGCUAAAUAUUUUCUGUUGGGGCAAGAACAUGGUUCUCCUUUUAUUAGGCACAUUAUGGGACUUCUUUAGUGCAAUCACCAGUUAUUAUUUACUUGUCUAAAUUAUUGCCAUUGUUUUAUGUUUCUUAAGCUUGAUUUUGAUGCUGCUAGUGUGUCUGAGGUGGAUCCACUGUAAGUAUGAAAGGGGAGUUGAUGUGUGUUUUAUCUGCACACAUGAUGAUACAGUGGAGUCCCUCCAGUAAUAAAAACUUUGUCAGAGGGUGAGUUGUUUUCUCAAUGAGAUUAUGUUCAUGUCAAGCAGUGUUAUUAUAUUGCCUUGUUGAAAUGAAUAAAUUAUGUAUCAUUUCCCAGGUGGUUAUUGAUGAUAGCCUUGCUUUUCUGUAUUGUUUUGAGUGUUUGAUUUCUCUGUUCAGAAUGAAGCAUGUAAACUCCAGAUGGAUACUUGAUUUGCACAACAUGCCGAGUGCUCUAACUAUAGCCCAUAAUAUCAGUUCCAACACACCUAUACAUAAUGAGGUUAACCUUCCCGCCCCUUAUCCUCCUGACCACUGAAGAGCAUGUCUGUUAUUUUCCAUACAGCCGUGAUUAUCAUUACUAUACAGCCAUUUAGAAAUGUCACAGCCACCACCACACCAGUGAAAGGUUGCAGCACCCCAGUCCUGCCAAGCUGUGAAUUGUACAGUUUUCCUGUCAUUAAUAUAUUUUGUUUAACUGUUUUGGGAUUUCACGUCAGGGGAUAUUAUUCCAUCAAUUCGGUUUGAAUUGGACUUUUUAUAGGAUAUAAUGCAGAGUUGUCUGCUUUUGUGAAAUACUUGCAGUAGUAAGAGAUUUCUGUUCUCUGUUACUCGUUGUAUCUGACAUUACUGCUACACCUCCCUGUCUGUUACACUUAGUGAGCAGAUUUGGAAAUAACUCUGUUCGAAUAUUCACUGGGAGACAACAUUCAGAUCCAUAGAAACUGAUCGUAUAGAGCAGAUGUGGUUCUCUGAGGAAUAGAGAAUAAUGCCUGUUCUGAUCAUUGCAUUUCUAUCAGUUCUGAGUAACAUUGCCUCAUUGAAUAUGCCUGUAAUUGUGGAAGGCUUGCACUAAAACUCUGUGUCGGAUUGCUUCUGCCUGCUAUGUAUCACUAGAUUACCUUACCAACCCAGUCAGCGCACUCAUCACAGACUGUACAUGUUUAAAGAGAAAUAAACAUUAUUUUGUGCUUGA